AAACACAAAACACUUCCAACUAUCAAAGCCAACAAAUCGAAUUGGUGCUUUAGUGCUUGGUGCAAAACGAACGGAUUAACGCUUAAUUAAUUUUAAUUAAAUAAUAAAUUCAAUUUUAAUUAAAGAAAUCUUAAUAAAUUUAAAAAUAUCUGCCAAAAUGUGUACAAAAUUCGUGUAUGUUGCGCUUAUUGCCGCUUUUGUGUGCACUGCCGCUGCUCUGCCCUCACAGGAUAACAGUGAAAAGGAUUUAGUGAAUAUGAUUAAUAGAAUCGAUAAUGAAGCAUCGGUGCCAUUAUUUGGUGGUUUACGCGUGGAUCGCACUGAAAGUGGUCGCUCUUUCGGUGCUGCCAAUGGCAUUGAAUCAUUCGAGGAACGUGCCGAACGUUAUUUACAAACCCAUGAACUGAAUAUUUCAUUCUCAGGAGAUGAUGAAGAGGAUAAUGAAGAGGAAUUCAAUGGACGCAGCAUGGAAGAAUCACGUAAAAAUAGAAUGAAGAAAAUGUUGGUUCCCUUGCUCUUGGCUUUGAAAUUGAAGAAGGCCAUCGUUGUUAAAGUUUUGUUCACCAUCAUUAAAUUUAUCUCCCUCAAGAGUUUGGCAAUUUCCUUCUUGGCUUUAAUCUUGGCCGGUGCCACUUUCUUCAAAGAUCUUUUGGCUAAGAAGAAGGAACACAUUACCACUGCUUACAUUACCGGCAGCCCAUUGAAUGCUGAAAUCGUGCACUCUGACUGGAACCGCAAUGGUCAAGCUGCUGCUGCUGAUUUAGCCUACAAUCAUUAUGGUUUGGCACAACCUUUCUAAAGGACCACAGUAUAAACUAACUUAGCUUCUUACUUCCUCUGCUACUACUCAACUAUGCUCUUAUCUUAUUCUACUGCCUACCACUAUUUACUAUUUAUCUUCACUUAAAAAAGAAUGACUAAAUAAUUUUAUUAGUUUUAGUUUUAAUUUUAGUUAGUAAACUACGACUUACCAAAUAAUAUGAGAAACGCAAACAAAGUAAACGACUUGGAUUAUCCUCAGGACAAAGCUUAACGAAUUAAUGCAUAAAUUUAUUUCAUUUAAAUUUGUGUAAAUAAUUUAUGAAAUUAUUUAUUUUAUUUAUUUUAAAGCAAGCAUAAAACAAAUCAUAAACGAGUCAUACCAAAUUAAUUUUAAGUUGAAUAAGCAAAAGAAUUGCACAAAAAAUAUCCAAAAAAUUGUAAAAUAUUAUAGAAAAAAUACAAUUUUAAUUAAAAAAAAGUUGCACUCAGGUUUAGUUUGGAGGGCUAUGGCACCUCUCCGAUUAAAUGUAAAUUAUUUCUAUUUAAGAAAAUUUUGCACUCAGGUUUAGAUUUGCAGGAGAAGGGGAAGGAGGUGCCAACUCUGCUAUAAAGUGAAAAUAAUUUUGCACUUCAACUUUUCAUUAAAUGAAGAAACAACUACAAAUGUGUCAUAUAUUUCAUCCCAAAAAAUAAAAAACAAUUUAAAUAAAUUAAUAAAAUAUAUUAUUUAUAAGUAUUUAUUUAAAAAUAAAAAGCAAAGAAACAAGAAAGCAAUUGAAUAAAAAUAAUUCAUGAA